AUGACAUGUGAGCUGCUAAAUUCCGGGGCUGGACCUGCGUUAGUGACUUCGUCCGAGAGGCGGCAAAAACUCGGCCGGCUCGGACAGAUGUUUUCACGAGAGCUCGCCCGGUCACCAGCGUCGUGAAAGGCGCGGUUAGAAGCUUCACGAUGUUCUGGAUGGCACCUCAGCAUUAUAAGCGGCGGACGCUCCCGAGCGGGGAUAAUUAGGUAGGUGGAGUGUGAUUUCUGGGCGAAUUACAUAGGCAUAUAUAAUCUGCCGCUUCCGGUACGAGAUCGUACCUGGUAGGAAGUGGCACGGUCGUCUUCGCGGGAAGCAUAUCGGUGAUCCUCCAUCAUGGCAAAACCAGCUCUACGUCACUUGAUAUCUCUGCUCACCCUGAGCGGUAGCCUAUUCUCAUCCGUCUCCUGGGCUUCUGCCUCGGCUGUGAGCAGCCAUGGCCGCGCCGAAGGCUGGCCGUACGGCCCGCUAGUUACCGCCGGUCGUGACAUAAAAAACGCGCGGGGGGAAACCGUCGUCUAUGCUGGCGCGAAUUGGCCAGGCCAUGGAGAAGCCAUGAUUCCCGACGGACUCCAAUACCAGUCCAUUGAAAGCGUCGUCUCCAAGAUUAAAAGCGUGGGCAUGAAUGCCAUCCGCUUGACCUUUGCCAUCCAGAUGAUAGACGAGAUCUUUGCCAACGGCGGGAAGGAUAUAACCGUGAAAGAUUCAUUCGUCAAGGCACUGGGGCAGACCAAUGGAACCAAAGUGUACAGCCAAUUCCUAGCCAAGAACCCAGCCUUCAACGACAGCACCACUCGGCUCCAGGUGUUCGACGCCGUUGCGGCGGAAUCUGCCAAGCAGAAUAUCUAUGUGCAUCUCGACAACCACAUGUCGAGGGCCGCGUGGUGUUGCUCGACGACGGACGGCAAUUCCUGGUUCGGCGACAGCGACUUUAACGUGGAUAAUUGGACGAGAGGGCUCUCGUACAUGGCCAACCACGGGAAAAGCUGGUCGGCUCUGACGUCGGCGUCGCUGCGCAAUGAGCUUCGCAGGCCAGACAACAACGCGACGCUCCGGAGCGAGUCGUACAAUUGGCGGGACUGGUACACGAACGUCAGGAAAGGCGCGGCGGCGGUCAACUCAGCCAACCCGGACCUUCUCAUAUUCCUCUCGGGCCUCGACUUCGACACCUACGUCACGCCGGUUGUGCAGGGCACCGUCCUGACGCCGGGGAGCGGCAGAUACAGCGCCGCCGACUUCGAGGGCUACGCCGACAAGCUGGUGCUGGAAAUCCACAACUACCAGAACAGCGCGUCGAGCUGUUCCGGCGUGAAGAGCUCGCUGUACUCGAGCGGGUUCCAGGCGCUCCACGCCGAGGACGCGAACACGGUCAACGUCUUCCCCGUCCUGCUGACCGAGUUCGGAUUCGCGCAGACGGCGACCGAGUGGCAGAGGCCGUACGCCACCUGCAUCGCAGAGUACCUCGCCGAACAGAAGGCCGGCUGGUUCAUCUGGGUCGUCGCGGGCAGCUACUACAUCCGGUCGGGCACGCAGGACUUCGAGGAGCCCUGGGGUCUCCUGAACCACGAUUGGUCGGAUUGGCGGGCACCGUCGUAUAUCGAGGGAGGACUGAAGCCUCUGGCCAAGAAUACGGCGCAGGGAUAGGGUUGCUGGGUAUCUUUUGUAACGAGUGGUAGGUAGCGAUUAGAUGACGCUCUUCUCUGUGGCUAGCGUACCGCUGCCACUUAUCUGGGGCAUAUCUUCGUACAAAUAGGAGAAGGAAUAUUGGCGAAUUUAUAGCCGCAUUAUAGGUAUCGUGAUAACAACACCCAUGGAUUCUCUGGACCAUCAAGUACCUAGAUACCUAUCUUGAGGGCACCGCCAAAAGCUUAGGUAAUGUACAAUACGUCAUGAAUCAGGA